AUGGAGUUUGAAGGGCUUGCAGCACAGGCUGCACGUUUACAUUUAUCUCCCCGAAUGCGUCACGUGAUGAGUGGCAUUUUGGUCAAAGGGAUUACUGCAGGUAUUGGGAGAUCUGAGACAUUACAAUUCGCAAAUGAAUGCAUGGCAGUUCAGAAAUCUGAGGAGCCUAUGGAAACAAAAAUGCAGAAAUAUUUAGAUUUACUUACAAAGGUGCACACUGUCCCAGAAACACCAUUACCUCCUGAGCAAUAUAUAGAAGACCAUACAAGAGCAGCUCAGGCAUUGGCUCCGCCAAAACCCGCUGAUGAAGAAGAAGAUAUUUAA